AAAGGGCUGGAAAGAGAGGCCGAUCCCGCCCAGGUGCCGCCGGAGGGGCGGGGAAAACCAAGGCGGAUGACAGCCGGCGGGAAGGACCUCUCUCUCUCUUACUCACUCUCGCCUUCGCCUCUGUAGCAGCCAGGCCAGCGAGCAGGAGAGCGCGCUCAGUGCCGGCAGCAGGGAGGGAAAGUUGGGAACUUUGGCGCGCCUUUUUCCACUCUUCUUUCUCUUCGGCUUCCCUUCCCGAAGCAACGCCUGGCCGCCUCUGAGGAAACCGAAAGGCCCUCUCGUGUGGGAAGAACCUUCCGAGGCAGGAAUUGUGCCCUUCACGGCAGCAGUAGCAGCACACAGGCGAGAAAAGAAACUCAAGGGAAGCCCCGCUUCAUGCCUCCCAAUUGGCGGUGACGGAGGCCUGAAGAUAUGAACAAGAUCCUUGAAGAGGUGAGAGCCAUAAUAUGUGUUUUAGAUCCUCGACCUUCCUGGCUCAUUAUACAGGCCAGAUGGGGACUGGUGGAGUGAGUAAAAGAUAGAACUCACAAGACACCAAUUCUGCAUAUUUAUAGCAGAAGACAGCUGUGUACAGCACCAAUUGGUGUGGAAACUACUGACAAGCCAUCUGCUACUCCACCCAGAAGACUUUUUCCAGAGACUGCUUGGCAAAGCUUGAAAACCCAUCAAAAGCUGGCAAGAUCCACACAGAAGUUCCCGCUGUAUAAUCCAGGCCACAGUCAAAACAGGGACCUUCGCCCUCCCAGACCCUCUUCCAGGGGGUCACUAUGGAGCAGAUCAGCAACUUUUUCAGCUCCAUUUGGACCUUCAUCCUCACCAAGCAUCAACAGGGCAUCUACAACACGAUCUGCCUGGGCGUGCUCCUGGGUCUACCUGCCCUCGUCCUCCUCCUUGCCAUUUUUGUCUGUUGCCACUGUUGUUUCUGUGGCCGGCGGCAAAAGAACAAUGGCAGCUUCGUCAGGAGAAGCCCUUCUCAGGGGACAAAAAGAAAUAAGAUGAUGCGGAAGAAGAAGGAAGAAGAUCUCUGGAUCUCUGCCCAGCCCAAGAUGAUGCUGCUGGAAAAAAGGCCCUCUUUGCUGGCCUAGAAAAAGAGCAAAUCCUCUGAUCCUACCAGGGUUUCAAUAGCAGUUCUAGCUGAAGGCAUACCAUGCUGGUUCUGUCCCUCUAAAGGGAAUUGCUGCUUCUUUUUAAAAGGCUUCUGAAAUUAAAGGCUCACAGGACUUCCUUGAGAUGUUCUGAGGAGUCCCAAGCUGGGCUCAGUCCAAGAGCUCUGCUCUGCUGGCUCCACCUGGACAGACUGAGCUAGCUCCCAUGCCAGCCUGCAUGGCUAGACCAACAGGCACACAAAGAGGGCCUGUGCAGAGUUGCUAGCACCCUUUGCUAUUGCAGACAUCUGUGGCUUCCAGCUGAAGGAAGUGCCUGCACUAACACAUCUUGCGCUGACACCAUUAUGCGCACAAGCAAGCAACACUGCCGUAUACACUUGCAAACAUGUCAUUGUCCUAAGCACACACAUAUAAAAUAAUUCUGCUUCCAGAUGGAGCUGCUUCAAGUAAUUGUAUAUGGAAAAUGGUUUAGGUGACUUUAAAAAGAGGUUAGAGCCAAUCACGGAAUUCUUGAUGAUUAAAUGGAGUCUCCAGUACUCAUUCGGGACUUACCUUGAUCCGUUUCAUGUCCUGGCUUUUGGCAGGGCCCUGAUCCGUUUUCAUCUUAGCCUCCCGAAAUCAGGAAGUCAGAUAUUUGUUUCUUUGUUUUGGGGGCCCGAAAGAUCCAUUUUCUUUCAGCCCAUUAUUUUGUGGGAGGACUUUACCUGUAGGUCCAAAGUGCCCAGGCCUAUGGGUGCAGGCUUAGGGCGUUUUCACCCUGGCCUCGGGUGCAAGCUUUGGGCCUAUGUACCCGGGCCUCUCAGGGCCUGCGGCCGAUAGCUGAGUAAGGAGCACUCCUUACUCAGCACACAGCUGCAGGCCCUGCGAGGGAGACAAUUGAUCCUAAAAGCAGGCUUGGAAUUGAUACCAGCUCCCGCCUGCCUUUCAUUCUGAGUUGGUUUUUGUUUUGGGUGGGGUGAGCCUUUUUGUUUCAUGCCAUCCAAAUGGAUGAUACAAAACAGAAACACGAAUUAAACAAAUGGAACAAAUACCAUGCACAUCACUAGUCUCCAGUUUCAGAGGGAACAGGCCUCAAAAUCUAAAAACCAUGCACAGGUAUCCUCAUUCCCAUUUUACAUCUCUGGACACCUCAUGCAGUUGUUUAGAGAUGUAGAACUUUCAAAUAUGUUCAACUCAUGGAAAAAAUAAAUUUUAAAAAGUGUUUUUUUAAAAAAAAUAAAAUAGAAAUUUUCAGGAAAGGUAAAAAAAAUUCAACAUUUGCACCUUUUAUACAUUGAAAGUCACUUUGUUACAUAUGCACUAUAUGUAUAUAGGGUUUGGGAUAAAACUUUUUAUUUUUAUAUAUGUUAAAAGUACAGACUAUUCAUAAUACAAUUAAGAUAGAUUUUUUUAAAACUGAACUUUUUAAAAAAAUGUUACGUAUGGAGUCACAUUCUGAACAAAAAAAUCCUUUGGUUUUGCCAAUUGGAGAAAUAGACCAAUUUUAAAAAAUAAUAAUAGAAGAAUCCAAUCAAUAGUAGUAAAAUAGAAAAACAGAGAAGAUUAUUUUCUCCCCACUAGUUCUCCAUAGGGUCAAGCAGAGGUAACACACUCAUUUGCAUUAAAAGUAAAAAAGGGAAGUAAGACUAGUAUGCUAACUAGUUAAUGCUAACACAUAAUGCUAUAUAGUUUAUAAUCUUCACAUGUGUAUAAGAAUACAGUUUGUAGAAAUGAUACUGGGACAUCUCUAACUGCAUCUACCCAAACACUGUUGAAAAGAGAGUGCUUUGCUAAAUAGACCCGUGGCCUGGUCUAGCAAGGGUAGUUAAAUGACAAUGUCCUUUUAGUAGCAAAUCCUGAAGCCAGAUAUCACAAAUCUGCCACAAGAUCUUCUCAAUGCAUAUAUUUUCUGAUCGGCACUUUGUAUCAUGCUGCAGAAUUCAAUUCUAAUAAGAUUCAUAUAUUCCAAGAUUUUAGACCUUAUCAGGCUCUGUGCUUGUGAGUAAUGCAUGACCAAAUAUUGAGGGAAGUAAGAAAGGGAGAAGGAUUAUGACACACACAUAAUGUAGUGGAAUAAGCUGGGCAAAAUGAGCACAUGUACACUAUUUAUUAUUCUGUCACAGUCACAUGUGAACAAUUUUCAUUAUCACAAACUUCAAGGGAAGAGUAACAUCUUCCUCGUUGAAAUCAAAGGCACUUGUAAAUCUGUUACUUUGGACAUGUUGUUGUUGUUUUUAUGCGGACUCCGGGGAGAUGUUAAUUCAUCUGUAUUUGCCUUGGCUUUGUUUACACUCAAGCAUCAGCAUUCAGUUGCCCCUGCCCCUAUUUCCGGUAUGAAAUCUGAUUAUGGUUAUACAUGGGUCCUAUAGUAUAGUCCUAAGAAAUUGAACAACCGUUUCCACAUUGUGAAUGCAUAUGUAGAACUCAGGCAGUUGGCCAUCUUUAUUUGUCUCAAUCAUGCCCACUUGGAAGAAAGCUUGAUCAGAUUCAAAGUAACCUUAGCAAAUCUGUGUAAGAGUGAUUUUUGGAUAGUUCAGUUAAUCAAAUAGUGCAUUGUACUAGCCCAAGGUCAUGAUAAAAAAGUACAGGUGCAGAGUGCACAGAAUAGUACCUUCAAAGCAAAAAGGAAGCAAAAGAUAACAAACAUAGGCAAGCUUCAUGCUCACACAGAGCAAAAAAAAAGUGAAUUGUUGAUAGUUACUGAGGGAGGAUCAAAUUAGCCUGAAUGCAAUUUUAUCUAUCAUCCUGAUGUAUGCAGAUGAUCUAGUGCUCAUCUCCCUCUCUUGGUUGGGUCUUAAAAGUCUUCUGAAGGCUUUCAGUACCUACUGCCAAGAGGAAUAUCUGUCAAUAAAUUACUCCAUGACCAAGGUUACAGUUCUUGGUAGACGCUACCCCAGGUAUGAAUAGCCUUUAGAUCGACAUGCCAUAGAGCAAACCUAUCCAUUCUUUUACCUUUUGGAUAGUAAAGACAUGGCAAAUGGGGGGUAGGAAUGUCCUCUUCCUGCUCCAUUAGAUUUGAGUUAAGGCAAUUAUCUGUCCUUUCAGUUUUCUUCAGUUACCCUGCUUUUCUUUCUUUUAAAAGCUAAAAAUCAAUUCCAUCUUCAGCCUAGCAUUUCUUCUCCUUUGUCCUCCUGGAACCAGUUUUCUUCCCAGGCCCCAGCCAGGAUAGUAUAGUCUGUCUUUACAUCUAUUCCACUUCUUGGCAUUGCUUGGUUCUGUAAUCAUUUCAGAGCUUUGAGGCAAUAGUUCAAAAGGACUGCAGCGUUACUCUGAAAAACAUUACUUUUCAGGGUCAUGAGGGCAUUUUUUCCCCAUGUGCAAAGUUGCAAUGCUUUUGGAGGUGUUUAAGGAGAAUUCACCAUCUCACUCAAAUUAGAUAAUUUUUCAUACUUUUUAAGACUCAUGCAGUGAUGUGUUUUUAAAGGCAUGUUUUUGGGAGUCGCCUUUUCAUCCUGCUUGAUCUUCCUUUGCAGAAAGAGCCGGCAGUACACUUUCAGUAGCAGUCAGAGAAUGCCAUGAGUAAAGCCAUAAAUAUUUUCCGCUUUCUCUUGUUUCAUUAAAAUAAAAUUAAAAACUGUGCAGUGCAAUAGGAACAAAAAUGUUUUCAUGUUUUUUCACUGAGACGAAAGGAUUUUCACAAGAUUCACCGAAAAACUGUGGGGAGACAGUGAUGUAGGAAAACAUCAGACAGAUUGGAAGGAGUCAUCUCUUGGGUGUGUGAUGAGUCAGAUGCAGUUUUAAUUGAUAUGAAAAGAAGAGAAGUGUGUGUGAUGGGGUGAAUGGGUAUCCAGUGGACUUGUGCUUUCGGGGAAAAACUUUCCCCGUUUUGUUUCUCAGCUUUCGUUGGGGGCCCCGAUCUGUUUUUUGGGAACCUCCCGAAAUCGAGAGAGUAGAUAUUUGUUUUUGGUUUGGGGCCCCAAAAAUCAUACCAUUAUGGGGGGGGGCUUCCCACCCACUGGCUCCCCUUCCCUGCAUGCUUUAAAGAGGCUUUCGUUCUUACCUGGCACUGGCUGCUUCUACUCUAGAGUAAGAGAUGCUCUGCUGCAGGGAUUGGCAAGCCCGCACACUUUCCAGGCCUGCCGCCACACCACACACACACCAUCCUUGGAAAGAGAGUGUGUGUGGCAUGGUGGCAGGCCUGGAAAGUAUGUGUGACUGCCACUGCCUGCAGCUGAGCGCCUCUUACUCUAGAGUAAGAGGUGCUCAGCUGCAGGCACGCUCCGGGCCUGCCUAUGCUCUGCCACACACACACUAUCUUUCCAAGGCAAGCAGGCAAGAUCGGCUGCAGAUGAAAGAAUGUCUUGUAUCCAGUCCUUACUUAGCAAUCUUAAAGAACAGGUUUUCUGCUUUAAAAUGCAUUCUCUGAUGUGCGGGCGAUAAGGUGCCAUGUGUUGGAACUGCAUCCUUUUCUAGGAGUCAACCCUAUUAUAUUGGCACUUGCUUCAGACAAUUGGCUUAGGAAAGUCAUUUCUGCAAAGGGGUAAGCCAUGUAGGAAACCUUGCACCAUGUGCCAGACCCUGGAAGAAACUCCAACUUGGACCAGCAUUUCAAAUCACAUCACCAUGUCAGAUCAGAUGUUGAUUAACCCCUGGGUUAUAAUCAGUGAGACAAUUACUUGUAUAUAUUUUUACAUGUCCAUAAGAUGCAUGCCUGCUCAUUUUUGCUGGGCUUAGGCAGUGGUGUGAGUAGCUGCCUUCAUAUCAUCACCAUCAGUCCUAUAUUGUUCAGAUCUGCAAUGUGAUAAUGCCCUUUUAUUGCACGGGUUAUCAAAAUGAAAUCCGACAGACUUCUAUUUAAAAAUAAAUUUAUUUUAAUGAAA